CGGAAAAAGGCGAGAAAGUAAACGUCCAAGGUGCAAGUAGUUUCUCCUGAGAGAAGCAGCUAAUAGUUGAGGAAUAAAUGUUAGUAAGCCUCGUCAGACUGAGAUAAGAGCCUCGUGUGCGGCUCGUGUUUUCGCCUCGGAGGAGCUGGACGGGUCUUCUUUCAGCGAGCUAGUUUGUGUGUCUGAGCAGCAUGGCAGAGCCACAGAGAAAAGGAGAACUGCUGCCUGAAGAUGUUGGCACAGAUGACUGUCUGACUUCGUACACACACGUCUACAGUCCAGAUUUACUGAAAGAUCAGGUUGCUUUCAUCACAGGCGGUGGAUCUGGAAUUGGACUCAGAAUAGCUGAAAUAUUCAUGAGACAUGGCUGUGACACAGUUAUUGCCAGCAGGAACUUGGACAAGCUCAAAGAGGCUGCGAAAAAGCUGUCAGCUGUGUCAGGACGCCGCUGUCUCCCUUUGUGUGUGGAUGUGAGGCAGCCUGAGAGCAUCGUGGCUGCUGUGGAUGAGACCCUCAGAGAGUUGGGCCGCAUAGACAUCCUCAUUAACAAUGCUGCUGGAAAUUUCCUCUGCCCGGCUGUCUCACUCUCCUUCAAUGCCUUCAAGACAGUAAUGGAGAUAGACACCAUGGGUACAUUCAACACCAGCAAGGUGGUUUAUGAGAAGUGGUUCCAGAAUCAUGGUGGCAACAUAGUCAAUAUUUCUGCUACACUUGGAUACAGGGGACAGGCCCUCCAGGUGCACGCUGGCUCUGCUAAGGCUGCAAAUGAUGCUAUGACCAAGCACCUGGCUGUGGAGUGGGGCCCCAGUGGGGUGAGAGUCAAUACUGUGGCUCCAGGUCCUGUCUCUGGCACAGAGGGCUACCGCAGACUGGGUGGUCCCACGGGAGAGGCUGCUGGUGCGUUCCAGUCCAUUCCUUUGCAGCGAGCAAGCAACAAGACGGAGAUGGCCCACUGCGCUCUUUUCUUGGCCAGCCGGGCCUCCUCCUACGUGACUGGAGCCAUCCUGGUGGCGGACGGCGGGGCGUGGCUCACCUCAGCCAACGACGUCUCCAUGCUGUUGGGUAUAGCCUCCUCUAAAUCUGCUAAACUCUGAACAGGGGCUCUCCUCUCCUCCUCCUGACCAAGGUUAUUGGUCAUCUGAAAAGAAAAGAGACAAAUAAAUACUGAAAGCAAACAAGUAAUGUAGGGGCUGUGUUAAUAAUGAGUCAAAUUAUAUAACAGUUAGGGUUUUCACCCAUUGCAGUCAUGUGUAUUGGCAUCAUGCAUGUCAUGUACAGUAAUUUUUAUCACAUGCCAUUUAAUGUGAUUUGUUAGUAUCUCAUUUACUAGUAAAAAAAAAAAAAAAAACAACUUGUGUAAUUACAG